CAUAUUUACUUCAUGUUUUCCGGCACGAUCAUUCUCACUACUCACGAUGCGGACGCUUAACGCUGCCCUCGCCGUAAUUAGCAGUAAUUAUUAAAGAGGUCUGCCGCAAUUAAAUGAGUGGGCUUAGGCGCAGCACUGAUCGGGUUUGCUUCCCCACCCCUCAAUAGCCUUCACUUUUCUCUAUGCACUGUACCGCCGAGUUCCGAACUGACCAUGCCGUCACCUAAUCCAGUGAGCCGCUUGCGUCCCACCGAGCUUCGUUUUCAAGUGCAGCCGGGUCCUUAUAGCAGCCCGACGCCGCAUUUCAGGCAGGCGGGGGCAGAGUCCGCGCACCUAUGUCGGCGUUUCCCUUGGUGCACGAUAAACUGGAGUCAGCUGAAGUUGUCCCAGCUGCUGGGAUCGGGCGGCUUCGGAUCCGUGUUUAAGGGGUCGUAUUACGAGCGUCCAGUGGCCGUGAAGAAAGUGAAGUGCAUGAAAAGCAAGCUGGCGUCCCGGCACAGCUUUUGGGCGGAGCUGAACGCCGCGCAUCUGAGCCACGAAAACAUUGUAAAGGUUUUGGCAGCCUCGGCUUGCGUUCCCAACGAUCCGGACAACGAUGGUUACGUGGGCACUAUAAUCAUGGAAUUCGCGGGCACUGCCUCUCUGCAUCGCAUCAUUUAUAACCACGCAGAGCCGCUGGGUGUGGGUGCUUCCCUCGGCUACUCCCAGGAUGUUGCCAGUGGACUGUACUUUCUGCAUUCUCAACGCAUCGUUCACCUGGACGUCAAGCCAGCCAACAUCCUUCUCACUGACCACGGAGUGUGCAAGAUCGGAGACUUUGGCUGCUCCCAGAAGCUGGAGAGUUGUCUCGAUUCGUCUUCUUUGGGAAUUGCUCAGGCGCGCCCCCUGGGGGGCACCUACACUCACAAGGCGCCAGAGCUGCUUAGGGGCGAGGCCGUUACUCCCAAAGCCGACGUCUACUCGUUCGGGAUAACACUGUGGCAGAUGCUGACUAGGGAGCCACCUUAUGCCGGGGAUCGCCAGCACGUUCUGUAUGCCGUAGUGGCCUAUCACCUGCGACCGGACCUCUCCGGGGCCGUCUUCAGGGAUACCGGCGUGGGGCGCUCCUGUGGAGCUCUGCUCGGCCAAUGUUGGGAGGCUGAGCCAACGGGAAGACCGAGCGCAGAGCAGCUACUUGGCACCGUAGAGGAACUGUUGGUCUCUGUAUAAAAAAAAAAAAAAAAGUGGGACGGGGUAUCAAAGGCUGAUAUUUUUUUUUAUGGUUUUACAAGUGUAUAAAAUAUUACCUCCGAAUUCUGACAGUGUUUAAAUAAAGAAAAAAAAUUUGCGCA